ACUCAGGUGUAGAUGAUUGCCCAAACGGAUCUUCGGGCUAGCCUCAUCGACAGUUCCCUACCAGCCUAAGACAUCCCGAGUCCGAGGUUGUGAUCUCAUAAAGUUCGCACCAGAACUUAAGUUCAUGGGGUUAGUGACCUCCUGAACUCGUUUGACAGUCAGAUUUGAAUCCCCUCCAAUCUGCCUCCUCUGCUUGAUCUUCUGCCGCUUAAGAAUCGUAAAGUCAAGAGUUAACCUUUAUCUGACCAUCAUUCCUCGCCAUGGCCGCACGGCUUCGAGUUGCUAUCACUCAGUCAGAGCUUGUCUACCUGGACCUCAAAGCCAGCAUCAAAAAGGCAUGCCGUCUUGUUGCUGAAGCUGCCGGAAACGGCGCGAAACUGGUUGCCUUCCCCGAGUGCUGGGUCCCCGGCUACCCAGCCUGGAUUUGGGCACGGCCGGUCGAUACCGAGUUACAGACACGCUACAUCUACAACGCGCUGCCAGUCGAGUCGGAGGCCAUGGACCAUGUCAAGGCCACCGCCAGGGAGAACUCAAUGGCCGUGAUGCUUGGCUUUUCCGAGCGGAGCCCGACCGACAGCUUCUGCAUCUCCCAGGCCAUCAUCUCCCCGGCGGUGCGAGCGCGGCGCGCAUUCGACGGGCCCGACCUCCUCGACCACGUCGCCUCGAUCGACUUUGGUUGUCCCGACCACGGCGGCCAGGUCAGCCCGCUGCUCAAGUACCACACCAUGGCGCAAGGCGAGGCGAUCCACGUCGCCAUGUGGCCGCCCCUUGCGUCCGUGCCCGCCGAUCGUCCCGGCGGCCUCUGGAGGAUGACGGCCGAGGGGUGCCAGAACUUGUCCCAGACGUAUGCCGUUGAGAGCGUCGCGUACGUGCUCCACAGCAGCGCCGUGUGCAGCCAGCAGAGCAUCGACCUGCUCCGGAUGGAGCAAGGAAUGGCUUGCUCGGAACUGGGCGGCGGGCAUAGCUGCGUCAUUGCCCCGGAUGGGCGGCACUUGACGGAGCCGCUCGAUGGUGAUGAAGCCGGUGCGGUCAUGGCAACUCGAGGUUUCUUGGACGUCAUCGGUCACUAUACCCGGCCGGAUCUCCUCUGGCUUGGUGUGGACAAAUGGAAAAGGGAAGUCGUUGUUAGAAGCGAUCCAAGCCAGUAG